AUGGACGGCCUGUUUGCCCGGCGUGCCAUAGAAAGCGGCGAGCUUUGCAGCUGGUACAACGGCCUCAGGUGUAGCCAUGAGGAGGUGGAUGGCCGAGAGUGUGGGCUGAAUGAUGCCACCAUCACUUUGGAUGAGGAGGCGGUACUAGAUGUGCCUGCGGAGUUUGUGCAUGUGCAGGCCUUUACGGCGUGCUUGGGGCACAAGGCGAAUCACAGCAAGCCAAACAAUGCCAAGAGUAGUGGGGAAGAGUCUCUUGCCGUCCAGUGGACCUUCAAAAGAUGUACGAUGUCUUUGACCAUCCUCGGUUUGGCCUCAUCAAGGCACGAAAGGCGGCGUUCCUCAAGCAGACGCGGGGCCUUUCCAUCGUCGCCGGCCAUCCGUGCCCUGCGCAACAUCGUGGCAGGGGAGGAGAUUUGCUGCGACUACGCCUACGAAGGGGCACCGGAGGACUCUGGAGCGGACACUUGGCGAGCCAGGGGAGCUGAGCUGACGCCAAUGAAAGGGGUCUUGAUCACAGGUAGCUCUGGCAGUUCGCUGCAGAUGAUCCACACGCCCUCCGGGAAAAGCCGCCUCGAGGCGAUCCGGGCCUCCUUUGCACGAGGUUCCUUCCUUAAGAGGCAAGAAGGCAGCACCGUAGAGCUGGUGAAGGGCUGCGGGAGCGGCACGGCGCAGGAGAAUUACAUUUGGGACCAGGAGCGUGACGUGCUGGGUCAGGGCGUGACGGGCAUCGUCUUCAAAGCAAGACCCCGGCACUCGCCGGAAGCCUGCUGCGUGGUGAAGCAAUCGGUGCGGCAGACGGAUCUGCCUUUGAAGGCCAUCUUGGCAGAGUUCGAGCACGCCAGCGCCUUGUGUCACCCCAACAUCCUCCAGGUUCGUGAAUAUUUUGUGGACUCUUUGAACGUCUAUGUCAUCGCAGAGUGGGCCGAAGGCGGGGAGCUCUCAAGCGUCCUGCGGGAAGCACGGGAGCAGCGCUUCAGCCUCUCCAGGCGCUGGGUGGCUGCUGUGGCCACGCAGCUGUUGCGAGCUUUGCGGCAUUGCCACGACAAGCACCAGCUGGUCCAUGCGGACGUGAAGCCCGACAAUGUGCUGCUUCUUGAGAAAGGUUCCAUCAAGGAACCCAAGGGCCAAUGGGUAGAGCCGGUGGUGCUACUGGCGGACUUUGGCAACGCCCAGCGGGGCGUUUCCGACGCGGGAAUGAUCACCAUUCCGAUGGGGGAUCCGCGCUACGCCGCGCCGGAGCUGCACGAGGCCAGAUGCUUUGUGCACCCCUAUGAGCCCUUGCGCCUGGACCGGAGGUUUCUCUAUGCGACGGACAUAUGGAUGCUGGGCGCGACCGUCUACGAGCUUCUCUUCCUUGAGCUUCCCUUUUUGGGGGCCUUUGAGGGGAGCCACAGCGAGUUCCUGGAAAAGAGCUGUGCGAUCGGGGCCAGCAGAACCCUUAUGCGAGAUUUGCGGGACAAAGUCUUCCCAUCCGCGCGGAGGAGCAAGGGACACCCAAAGAGGCGGUGGAACUGCUCCGGCAGCUGCUGGAUCUGUCGCAUCAGAAGAGGACAGUCCGGCCGCAGAGGCGCUCCGGGCGCCCUGGCUGGCGAGGGAGGUCUCGGCGCAGCGGCAGCUCAGCCCCGGCCGGGCCCAGGUUAUGCUGAAGAACGCCCGAAGCUCCGGCACAAAGCUGCUGUUCACAACACUGGAGGUGCUCGCCAUGCAAGCGACCUUUGCAAGGGAGGAGAGCGGGACCUGUUGGAGUCCUUCCGGUCGCUGGAUACUGAGGGCCUGGGGGAGGUGACGCUGGAGGAGCUCCAGCAUGGGUUGCUGCAGGCGGUGCCUACCUGGACGGCUCGAGAACUGAGCCAGGUCAUCGCCUACGUCAGCAGGGGUGGCCAAGACCGGGUCAUCACCUUCCGCCGCUUCGUGGCCUGCUGCCUGGACCUGGAGGAACCUGCGGUGGCAGAGCGCCUCCGUAUCAUCUUCCACAGAUUCCCUCGCAGAGGUCUUGAGAUUCGUGCCUCUUGGCCAGACAGCGGCCCGAGUGGUUUCUUCGAGAGCUGGGCGCAGGGUGCCAGCGUGCAGCAAGCCGACACCGAAAAGGUGGAGGACUUGGCGACAAGGAGUUGCAGGAGGAGCUGA